AGAGAGUGAUAAGAUUGAAAGAACAACUAGUUAGCCGCAAUGCGUAUUAUUAUGAAAGACACAACAGAAAUUCUAAAAAAGCUGCGUCAGCUGAUGCAGACACAUGGGCCGAGUCCUUUGGCAGCCUAUAUUGUGCCAUCGGACGAUGCCCAUCAAAGUGAAUACAUCUGUCAGCAUGAUGAACGCCGGGCGUUUGUCAGCGGAUUUGAUGGCAGUGCUGGUACAGCUGUUAUAACUGGCGACAAGGCUCUGCUGUGGACAGAUGGACGUUAUUACCAGCAGGCUCAAAAGCAAUUGGAUUCCAAUUGGGAACUAAUGAAAGAUGGUUUACCCACAACACCCAGUGUUGCUAGCUGGUUGGCUUGUAAUCUGGCCAAAGGCAGUAGGGUAGGAGUUGACCCCAAGUUAUUUUCAUAUCGUCUAUGGAAACCCAUUGAAAAAGAACUUUCCGGGGCUGAGUGCAGUCUCAUUCCUGUGGAAGACAAUUUGGUCGAUAUUGUUUGGGGUGAUGAACAACCAAAGCAGACAUCGAAUCCCAUUAUUACAUUGGACACUACCUUUGCCGGUAUGACCGUAUCCGAUAAGUGGGCCAAUGUUAAGGAGAAGUUGACCGAAAAGAAGGCCCAGGCUUUGGUGGUUAGUGCUUUGGAUGAAAUUGCCUGGUUUUUAAAUUUGCGAGGAUCCGACAUCGACUAUAAUCCAGUAUUUUUCUCAUAUUUGAUAAUCACCCACGAACAGCUUAUGUUCUUUGUGGAUAGCUCAAAACUGCCCAGUGAUUUCAAGCAACACCAAGCAAGCAAUGGCGUGGAAAUUAGCCUUUAUAGUUACUCGGCCAUAGGGGAAGAACUGGGACGUUUGGCAGAAAAUAAUGCUGAAGCUAAAAUCUGGAUUUCUCCUGGUUCUAGUUACUACCUCAAUGCAUUGAUUCCAAAGAAAAUCAGACAUCAGGAAAUUACUCCAAUUGCAUUGGCCAAGGCCAUUAAAAAUCCCAUCGAAGUAGAGGGUUUCAUUAAUUCCCACAUACGUGAUGGUGUGGCACUGUGUCAAUAUUUUGCAUGGCUGGAACAAAUGAUUGCCAAUAAACAGCCCGUUGAUGAAAUCUCUGGUGCAACUAAACUUGAAGAAUUCAGAUCGAAAAAGGAACACUUUAUGGGUUUGAGUUUUCCCACCAUCAGUUCUUCAGGUCCGAAUGGUUCGGUUAUUCAUUACCACCCAGCCCCGGAAACAAAUCGUCCCAUUAACGAUAAAGAGAUAUAUCUGUGUGAUUCGGGUGCCCAAUAUAGAGAUGGUACCACCGAUGUUACGCGUACUUGGCAUUUUGGUGAACCAACCGAUUUUCAAAUGGAAACCUAUACCCGUGUGCUGAAGGGUCAACUGACUUUGGGUGCAACGAUAUUCCCGAAAAAAGUUAAAGGUCAGGUAUUGGAUACGUUGGCCAGAAAGGCUCUAUGGGAUGUGGGUCUAGAUUAUGGCCACGGCACCGGCCAUGGUGUUGGUCACUUCUUGAACGUACACGAAGGACCUAUGGGUGUGGGUAUACGUUUAAUGCCCGACGAUCCUGGUCUACAAGAGAAUAUGUUCAUUUCCAACGAACCGGGAUACUAUCAGGAUGGUGAAUUUGGUAUACGCAUUGAGGAUAUUGUACAAAUUGUACCGGCCUCUUCAAAGUAUGACUUCAACGGUCGCGGUGCAUUGACAUUCAAGACAAUUACUAUGGCUCCCAAACAAACCAAAAUGAUUAAAAAGGAGCUUCUACUGCCCGAAGAGAAAAAGUUGUUGAACGACUAUCAUCGUCUUGUGUGGGAGACACUGUCGCCAAUAUUAAAGAAAGAAGGUGAUACACUUACUCUAGCUUGGCUGGAGCGGGAGACAAAAGAAAUCUAAG